UGGAAGAGAUGGCAUUACCUUCCUCACAAAGCAUAAGCAUUUAUGGUAGGAAGGAAGCCUGUAGCUGUCCACACUUCACCCUCCCUCCAAGGAGGACGUCAGAUGUCAACGAUUAGUCAGAUUCAAAUAUAUGGAACCAAGCCCAGGCUUAGAGAUGGGCCUUCAGCUUGUGAAAGCAGAAGGUUAAAGAUAGGUCCCAGUCUGGAGACGGCUCCUGUCUGUUUCUUCUCUCUUAGACACUCAAGAUGGCUUUCCCCUGCCGCAGGUCCCUGAACCCCAAGACUCUGGCCCUCCUUCUGGUGGGCGUGAGUCUCUUGGCCCUGCACACCUGGUUCCUCCAAGCCUCCAGGCCCCAGGAGGAGACGUGGGACGGCUCCACCGAGGCGCAGCGGUCGGCGCGGAGCACAGGGGCCCCGUGCGUGGCCAACGACUCGGUGCGCGCCACGGCGGACUUCGAGCGGCUGCCGGCGCGCAUCCAGGACUUCCUGCGGUACCGCCACUGCCGCCACUUCCCCCUGCUCUGGGACGCGCCGGCCAAGUGCGCGGGCCCCCGCGGGGCCUUCCUGCUGCUGGCCGUCAAGUCGUCGCCCGCCAACUACGAGCGGCGCGAGCUCAUCCGCCGCACCUGGGGCCAGGAGCGCAGCUACGGCGGGCAGCAGGUGCGCCGCCUCUUCCUGCUGGGCACGGCCGCGCCGGGGGACGCGGACGCCGAGCGCGCGGGGCGGCUGGCGGCGCUGGUGGGGCUGGAGGCGCGCGAGCACCGCGACGUGCUGCAGUGGGCCUUCGCCGACACCUUCCUCAACCUCACGCUCAAGCACGUGCACCUGCUCGACUGGCUGGCGGAGCGCUGCCCGCACGCGCGCUUCCUGCUCAGCUGCGACGACGACGUGUUCGUGCACACCGCCAACGUGCUGCGCUUCCUGCGGGCGCAGCGGCCCGACCGACACCUCUUCGCGGGGCAGCUCAUGGACGGCUCGGUGCCCAUCCGCGACAGCAGGAGCAAGUACUUCGUGCCCCCGCAGCUGUUCCCGGGGAGGGCCUACCCGGUGUACUGCAGCGGCGGCGGCUUCCUCCUGUCCAGCCACACGGUCGGGCUCCUGCGCGCCGCCGCCCGCCGCACCCCGCUCUUCCCCAUCGACGACGCCUACAUGGGCAUGUGUCUGGAGCGCAGCGGCCUGGCGCCCAGCAGCCACGAGGGCAUCCGGCCCUACGGCGUGCAGCUGCCCGGCGUCCGGCAGUCCUCCUUCGACCCCUGCCUGUACCGCGAGCUGCUGCUCGUGCACCGCUUCGCGCCCUACGAGAUGCUGCUCAUGUGGAGGGCCCUGCACGACCCGGGGCUGCGCUGUGCCCGGGGCCACAGGACCUCCUGAGGCCGGCCGGCCGGCGGGGCGGACUGCGGGGGGCGAGCGCCUCCACGCGGCACGGGCGCCCUCCGUGCCCUAGAGCAUCUUCCCUGCCCUGGAUGCCUUCCCUCCCACCGGCUCAGCCGCCUACGCUGUGCACUCACCUGGGUAGGGAUGGAGAAGUCCUGGGUCCCGGCCCCAUCUCCACGAUUUCUGACUGUGUCGCUCUGGGGGGUCCUCAGAGUCCCAGGUACUUUUUAAGUUCCUCAAGCGACCCUAAUGUGCGGCUAGGAAGGAAGCCGGCGGGCCGGGAUGUGUUUUCCCUGCAAGCCCAGCUCCAAGGCCCCCUCUAGGGCCUGCCGCGGCCAGCUCCUGCACCGGGUUCCCGCGGCCAGGGGAGCAAGGCGAGUGUCGGGGGCAGGCGAACCAGAUGUCACCCGUUGGGUGCAGUACAUGAGUUGUCCUUGCCAUAAUUCGCUCCCCGAGUGAACGCAGAAGGAGCUGGACUGAGUCGUCAGGGGGAUCCCCUCCCCCAGGACUCAGUUCACACUGGGGACCUGGAAAACACCCAUGGCAGAACUUGGUGGAUCCCAGAGCCUUCCUCCACACCAGUCCUCUCCCACCGCUACCCCCCGGAACAUCUCUAUGAGGUCAGAAUCCCCACUGUGCAAAGUGGGGACCUGAGGCUCAGUGAGGACCAUGACUGAUCCAGGGCCAUAUGGUCAUUCCCUGGUCAUGCCACCCUGUGCUCCUCUCCACACUGGCCGGCCACAGCUGAUGGCCUCUCCUAAUGGUCUUGCCCACGGACACCCACCCCACCGACACUUAGUCGGGGGGUGAGAGAGAGUGGUGCAAGCAGGCGCAGGGGUGCAGACAGGCCUUGUGCCGGGCCGGGCUUCAGGGUUGGUCAGCCUUGGGGAACCAAGCCAGGGGUUCAGGGUGGGGUCAGUGGGGGUGCAUAAUGAUGAAACUAUGAAAGACGGUGAUUGGGGAAUCUGGACAGUUUUGAAAAGCCUGUGGAGGUCAACGUACAGACCCAUGUUGGGGCUGGGGAAUCCAAUCAGUAGCCCUGAGGGACAAUGAUAAGGGAGCACGCAGGGGUGACUGGAGUCUGUCCUGAACAUCGGUUAGAAGGCCGAGGGGGGCGGGGUUCAGUGAUCAGGACUCUGAGGAUCAUGCUGUGCUCCUGACCUCCAGGAGCUGCCAGUCAUCUUGGCUAAGAAGGAAAAUCAAGGAAACAGCUUCAGGGUGAGGCAGAAAUGUGUAUCGGGGUCCCAGCUGUGGGAGAUGGACAAGAGCGAGGCAAUGUCAAGGAGGAAGGAGCCCGGGUGGGAAGUCAGGAGGUUGACCAGAUGCCUUCCCUGCCCUGAGGACAGGGUCCAUUCCCCCCUGCCCCCCCCACUGGGGAACAGACUCAAUCUGGGACCAUGUGCAGUGUCCUGCUCUAUGGGGCUCCCUCCUGACUCCGCAUCUCCACACAACCUCUCCUCCCUUCACAGGGAAUGUCUUCCAAAAACCACCACCUACCAUGUGUCUCGGAUCAUUUAGGAGGCGGCCAGCUUUCCACCAAAAUCUGCUACUCCCUCCCUGCUGGGCACACACCUAGACUACACAGCCUGGCCUCUGUUGCAAUUAGGUGUGGCCAUGUGACCAAGCUUUCUGAGCUGACAGUGUGAGGACACCACAAGGACCACACCUGGCCCCUGCCUCACCUGUGCUCACCUUUCCCUUCACCAGGCUUGGAACACGGCUGGGCCUGUGACCCAGCUCAGAGCUUGCAGAUGAGGAUAACCCUCCAGGCCUACCUUAAGACAAAGAAGUAGCAAAGGAAUGCGUGGCUCAGAGGUUUGGCACUUGCCUUCAGCCUAGGGCAUGAUCCUGGAGUCCUGGGAUCAAGUCCUGCACCGGGCUCCCUGCAUGCAGCCUGCUUCUCCCUCUGCCUGUGUCUCUGCCUCUCUCU